GAGUGUCUGUCAUUCAUGAUCGAUUGUAUUUCUAUACAAAUAUUAGAUGUAUAGCUGGUCUAUUGUAUGUGUAAUUAGACAAUAUUGAUCAUAGAGAGUUUAAAGGCUUAUAUACAAAUAUCCAGCUCUUGAAUCGAUAAAAGUUGAAAAAAUAACUCACCAUUCAGUUGCAAUUUUAAUGCAGAUAUUGGAUAAGGCAAUUGAAAUAUUGAGUUGGUAUUAAAACCGGGUAGUGAUAUUUUCUAACAUUUGCUUGAUUUGUGAGUUACAAGUUAUUAACAUUAUGCCAAAUAAAAAGGACGGCAGGGACCAGAAAAGAAAUAAAGAGGAAAAAGAGAAAGAGAAGGAAGAUGGUGAUGAAGAGGUUGUGAUAAUGGUGGACGGAAAGCAGUUUCACUUUUCGAGCGAACUGCUGUCACGGCAUUCAAGCGUUUUCAAACAGCAAAUAAAGGACCAUAAACGGCAACAGAGGCGAUUUGAUAGACUGGAAGAUGACAUGCAGUAUCUAGAUGUCGCAGACUGUAUGGACUUCGAGGACGUGAGUGAAAUAGGAAUAGUCAUAGAGGACUUUAAAUAUUCUGAGGUUAAGCCGGCCUUGGAUAUGUUGCUAUGCCAGGGAAAGGCCAGCGAUCUAUCACAAAAGAAAAUUCGGAAAAUAUUGCCGUUUUUGUACAAGUACGAAAUAACUAAACUGAAAGAUUUAUGUGAGCAGAAGCUGCAGAGUCUGUUGUCCUCGAGUGACAAUGCUGACCACAAGUCUGCAUUAGACCAUCUCUAUCUGGCUGAAAAAUACAGCUUGAAACGGCUAAAGAGCGUUUGCAUUGACCUAUGUGCAACAGACACCAGCACAGCUAACAGGAACAAUGUUACAAAAGAUAAACACGUUGUUGAGAAAACAAAGAUAGAAAUUCUGAACUUGAUGUUUGAAAAAACGGAAAAAAGGUACGAAUACAAGUUGCAGCGCAUACAAUCAGAUAUGAAUAAAAGAUGUCGACAAAUCGAAACGAACAGAGAGAAGUUUAUGGAACAAACCGAACAAUGGAAAAAAGAUAUGAGUGAUAAAGUGCAAGAAGCCUUAAACGAAGGGGACCAAAUACAUGCAGAUCAGAAUGAAGCAUUGAAAAAGCCCGCUAAAGAAUGGGACAGAAUAUAUGCAGAGAUAAGUAAGAGUAUUCAAAACGCCGAAAACAAAGGUGAGCAAAUACAGGAAGAUCUCUUUGAGAAGAUUCAGCAAGCUGUCAAAGAAGGGAAGAAAAUGCAUGCAGAAAUAACUAAAGUCAGGCAAUGCAAAAUCAAUGAAGCAUUAGAAGAAUCUUUAAGGGAGAAUUACGAUCUAUAUGAUCAACUUGACCAACAAUCAGUUGAGCUGGAUGAACGAAACAAACGUUUGACGGAAGCUGAAAUAGAGAUUGAAAAGGCUAAUCUCUUGACGGACAAAGUUAAUGCGAAACUGCAUAAAUACAUGCAGAAAGAUCAUGAGCUGAACACUUGGAUGAAAUGGGCCAAACCGGUAAAGGAAUAUGGCGAGGGAUGCGCAUGUUUUCGACAUGUGCAAUACAGGAAAUGUUCAGCUGUCAAUUAAAGCGUUUGCUGCAUUUGACAAGUUGACUCAAGUUGGCUCAUGUAGUUUUAAGCCGCAUGUGAAAUUGAAAGUACAUGUACAUGUAGAAUAGUUAUUUUUAGCUAUAUAGAUUUACUUAAACAGAUUGAUCUACAAAUUGUGUUGACCCUUCUAUUGGAUUUAUAUAAUGACUUAUUUCUGCCAUUUCGUGUUUUCGACUUUUUGCGGCGAAAUGGCGAAAACGCGCCAAGUGUCGGUGCGAACAUAUGCCAAGUUCCGGGGCGAAUAAGGCGUAAAGUGACAGGAAGAGAAUGCGACAAAACUAUUAUAACUUAAAAUGCCAGUAAUUAGCCUCCAGAGCUUUGGCAAAUUAUCCAAAACACAAUCUAUGAUUAUGUGAUUAUUAAAUAAGCUUACUUUUGUAAACUAUUUAUUAAGUUUUCAGUGAGCCUUUAUACAAAUGUUUUGUUAUUUGUUAUUACUUUGUUAAAAUGAAAUCGAGAUGUCUGUCUUCGUAAACUUACCUGAUAUUUCUACGUGUUAACUUGAAUACUCAGUGAAAGAGUGGGAUAAGGUUAGAGGUAGAAAUAAAUCUGUCCGAAUGUAUUGGACAAACUAACAAUACAAUGUUCAGAUCACAGUGCUUUGGGUACAAGUUAGCAAUUUACGGAUUUAAUGGUACAUUUUACAAAUACCCGACACGUGAAUCAGAACAACAAAUGCAUUAUAAACAUUGACAAAACAUGCAAUUUUACCAUGAAUUAACUAGAUCAUCUUAUAACCCCAUAUCGCAUAUGUUGUAACCAACGUACAUCGUUUAUUGCGGUAUAAAAGUUUUUUACAUACAAGUCUAUAGUAACAGUAAAACUGCGAUCGCUCAAGGACGCCUGAGCUAAAAUCUCGAAGAAAGCGAUGUUUCGACCGAACAAAAUACCGAUUUUCCAGUCUGUUAUUAAAUGUCUUUAAGUUCUGUACCUCGUUAUAAGUACAUUAUUUGAUUAACAUCACUUAUCAAUUCUAUUUCUUAAACAACGUGAAAAUAUUUUGGCUGCAUUAUUGAUCCUUUCGUCGAAUUUUUUUUUAAAUCUGUUAAUAUUAUAAUGUUCUUAAACUAUCUCAGCAACUGUGAAAUCACAAUCAAGUUCAUUAAAUUAAAUGUUAAUACCAUUAGGCAUGCCAUUAGCUCGACAUUGAAAUCAUUGUUAAGUAUUGAAGCUUUUGAAUUGUAUUUGUGUAAUUACUUCAAAUACUACAAUUUCACAAAGAUAAGUGGAAUUUUCUUUAGUAUAAUGUUGACGCUUAGACUUAUCUCUAAAGCUCAUCAGUUUGUAUCUAGAUUCUAAAAACAGCAUCACCGGUGGAUGUUUCCUUGUAUGCUCGUUUGUCUUAUGAAAUGAUUUAUAAUCAGUAUCAUGCCUUCAAAUGAACAAUAACACCGAAACUUCUGUUGUUAUUUUAUCGAUGAACGUAUGUUGUGAAAAUAAUUAUGUUAUUUUACUAUCGAUGUACGUAUGUUGUGAAAACACAUCUGUUAUUAUAAUAUCGAUGUACAUAUGUUGUGAAACGACUUCUGUUAUUAUUAUAUCGAUGCACGUAUGAUGUGAUG